AUGAUAGCUGUAAAAAUAUUUCUCCUGGUGUCUUUAAUUCAUAUUUCACAUCAAUUGAACAAUGGUCUUGGUCUAACACCACAAAUGGGCUGGAAUAGUUGGAAUCAUUUUGGAUGUAAUAUUAAUGAAAAAUUGAUUCAACAAACAGCCGAUUUGAUGGUAUCGACAGGUCUUGCUGCUGCUGGUUAUCAAUACGUAAAUAUGGAUGACUGUUGGCAAGUAAGUCGAGAUGCCAAUGGUACGAUUGAAGCCGAUCCGAAAGCGUUUCCGAGUGGCAUCCCAGCUCUCGUUGAUUAUGUGCAUUCGCGUAAACUAAAAUUUGGACUCUAUUCAGAUGCUGGAUUUAAAACGUGUGAUGNAAACUGCAAGAAGACAACAUGCACUCACCAUAAAAUUAGAUGGCACGUGGGAAUGACAUGCAGCGAAUAUGAUCAAAAACUAGAAUCCGAUCGCGAGAAUCGACAAAAUAAGAAAUACUUAAAUGAUCAUACGAAGAAAUGUCCUAAAUGCAAAGUGUCUAUCGAAAAAAACGGAGGAUGCAACCAUAUGACAUGUCGCAAUUGCAAACAUGAAUUCUGCUGGUCAUGCCUGACCGAUUACAAAUCCGCGGGCCAACAUCAAAAUUGCUGA